UGUAAUUUGGCUUCACAUAAACCCCCAGCGUAAACCCACCAGGGCCACCACCAACGUAACCCCCAACCAUGCGCCACUCCUUAAACCCCUCCGCCAACAUUGCCGCCGUCUGCGUUGGGCCCAUAACAACGCCCAUAGGCCGUCAUCGACGGCGCCACCAAGGCCGCCACGGCCGCCGCAGAAGCCCGAGAGCUUCAACUUCCACGACCACCCGUGGGAGGACUCCUACAGCUGGAUGUCGAAGCUCAACGACAAAGUGGCAAGAGGAGAAGUACACGGAGGCCGUCAUGUCCGUCACCGACCGCCUUCAGAGCAAGCUCCAGGCCGAGAUGGCCUCUCGCAUCGGCUCCGACCUCUCCACCCCUCCCCUCCUCUGGGGCCCCUGGUAUUUCUGGGUUUCCGAUGCUUGAGAGUGAGAAUCAAAUGCUUGCAGG